ACAAUCCCGACCAAUUAUAUUCGAGGAUGUUGACACGUACAGAUCAAGGAAGUCUAUGAUGAUGUGUAUUAUGUACACAACUGUGCUGACGCCGGGAACAGGUGAAACGCAGUUUUAUUCGCUCGUUUUUUCGCUGCUGUGAAGUUUUAGCGUCGAGUCGCUCAAGCUAAAUGCUACAAGGAGUUAGCUAACUAGCUGACGUAGCUGUAGCUGUAACGGUCGGACACCUGAGCUGAGUUUCGUCGGCGGUGUUUGUGACUCCCAGCUGUCAUGUUGACCGUGUUUCCCCUCCUGUCAGCCGCCUUUCGGCUCACCUAGCUGGGGUGGAGAUACAUGGGGCUCCGCGUCGCCAGAGGAUGGAGGAUUUAACCUCAGAUUAUCAUGGCUGCCGUGACAGAGUGGCGUUACACCACCAGCCGUGUCCUCGGAGGAUGGGGCCCGCUGCUUUGUGUCCUCGUCGGCUCUCUGGUGGCCAUCCUGAUGCCGCUGGUCGGGGUGGAGAACCAGUGCCGCGCCGCCCUGAAGGGUAUAGCCCACCUCCGCUGCCAGCUGUGGGGAGGCUACCAACAGCCCCCAGCGGUGCAGUCCACCAGCCUCACUGUCCCCUUCACUGCCCUUGAUCUGCUGCCUCAGAGGUCCAAACCAAGCAAAGAGAUGGUGCUGGAGGCCAAGGCGGCGCUGCUGCAGGCUCAGGAGAUGAAGAAAGUGGGGAAGAGGGAGAAGGCUCACAAGCUGCUGGUGCACGCACUCAGCAUGAAUCCAGACUUUGUGGAUGCACUGACGGAGCUGGGGACCAUUCUGGAGGAGGAGAAGGACGUCGUCCAGGCAGACCACCUCUACACCAAAGCUUUGGCCAUCUCGCCCUGUAAUGAGCGAGCUCUGGUCAGCCGAGACCGAACUCUGCCCUUGGUGGAAGAGAUUGAUCAGCGUUAUUUUGGCAUCAUUGACAGUAAAGUGCGCCGGCUCAUGUCCAUUCCUAAAGGCAACUCGGCACUGCGCCGAGUGAUGGAGGAAACCUACUACCACCACAUUUACCACACGGUGGCCAUUGAGGGCAGCACGCUCACUCUCUCUGAGAUCCGUCACAUCAUCGAGACUCGGUACGCCGUUCCUGGGAAGAGUCUUCAGGAGCAGAAUGAGGCCAUCGGGGUGGAUGCAGCCAUGAAGUACAUCAACACCACACUGCUGUCCAGAACUGGAACCAUCAGCGUCAAUGACAUCCUGGAGAUUCACCGGCGGGUUCUCGGCUACGUAGAUCCCGUAGAAGGAGGGAGGCUACGCACCAACCAGGUGUUUGUGGGCCACCACAUCCCCCCGCACCCUCAGGACCUGCAGAGACACAUGCAGGAGCUGGUUCAGUGGCUCAACUCUGAGGAGGCCCUGCAGCUGCACCCUGUGGAGUACGCAGCUCUCGCCCACUACAAACUGGUGUACGUGCACCCAUUUGUAGAUGGCAACGGACGCACAUCCCGGCUGCUGAUGAACCUCGUGCUCAUGCAGGCGCGAUACCCACCCAUCACCAUUCGCAAAGAGCAAAGGUCUGAGUAUUACGCAGCUCUAGACACAGCCAAUGAGGGCGAUGUGCGGCCCUUCAUUCGCUUCAUCGCCAAAUGCACAGAGAUGACACUAGACACGCUGUUGAUUUCUACAACAGAACACGCUGUGGGGCUGCCGGCAGCCAGUCAGGACCAGGCCUGUCUGGACUGCAAACAGACCAUCCCCAUCCACAACUGAGCCAGAGACGGGAGCAGCAUGACAGGCCAGCAUGCUGGGCGAGUUUGUGAUUGAUCUAAAAGCUAUUUAACAACAAUCCGAUCGUAAAAUGUAUUAAAAUGCCUUGUCACUUAUCCCGUAUCCUGCGAUGUCGCCCUCCCUGCUCCAGUGUCAGUUUUACAAACAUCCGCUGAACUCAUCGCUGCAGGAUGUUGAAUUGAAUCUGGAUGUUUUUAAGUUUGCUUUCCUUCACAAUGAAAAGAAACUUCUUCCCUUUGUUAGUUUGUAAUCAGAUUCCCACAGCAGCUUUAAUGCGUUUUAGUUCCCAUCAGAACACAAUCUGAAGUUUGACUACUGGUGACGUGAGGAGGGCGGGAAGCUUUUUUUAUCAUGUCGACUUGAGACGCUUCAGUGAUUUCCAACACGGAUGUGUAGCGUGUGUGUAAAUAUUGAACUCAUCACCUUCGGGAUAAAGAUGAUGUCUCCUAACACUGUUAAGCACUUUCAUUUAUUUGAUUAUUUAUUUUAAAAUAAAAGUGUUUUAACUUUCA